CUUUUUCUUCUUUGCAGAUUGGCUCCACCGAACAAUCUUAUGAGUCCUUUCUGCUCCUCUUUUUUUAGAAGUUCUUUCUACUCUGUGCUUCAAUGGAAAAUGACCGUAUAUAUAAGUUGUACAAUUGUAUGUGUCUUCUUUCAGUUCAAAGACUCCAUUUUUUUUUAUCUCAUCCAAAAUAGCAAGAAUAUAUGGGAGCAGAAAGCCCGCGGAGACCCGAUGACGGCGAAAACAGUGGGCUCCUGCCCACCAGCUCCCUCCUCCUCCAGCCACACAAUGAUCACAGCUCCGGCUCCAUUUUGGGCUCGGAUUAUGGCAAAUCGGGCCCCACGGCUCUGGUCAUACUGGGCACGCUUGUGGCAGUAUGUGGCUCCUUCGUCACCGGCUGUGCUAGCGCUUAUUCGUCACCUGCCGAGUCGGGAAUAAGGGAAGACUUGGGUCUCUCCCUGGCCGCGUACUCGGUCUUUGGUUCAGUCAUAACAGUUGGCGGAGUACUUGGUGGUUUAGUAAAUGGGAGGGUAACCGAUAUGAUUGGUCGUCGAGGUACAAUGUGGCUCUCCGAGAUAAUUUGCGCUGCAGGAUGGCUCUCUAUAGCAUUCGCCAAGAGUGCUUGGUUGCUUGAUGUUGGAAGAUUAUUAACUGGAGUUGGCAUCGGGUUCAUAUGCUACGUGGUACCGGUAUAUAUUGCAGAGAUAACACCUAAAAGUGUCCGUGGAGCAUUUACAGCGUUCAAUCAGUUCGUGUUAAUGUGCGGUUUUUCAGUAACGUACUUUGUCGGAACAAUAGUUUCAUGGCGUGUCUUGGCUCUGAUUGGGGGUGCUGCCUGUUUAGUACAAAUUAUUGGUUUAUUCUUCAUUCCCGAGUCUCCGAGAUGGUUGGUAAAAGUCGGACGUGACAAAGAGUUCGAGACUGCAUUGCGGAGACUGAGGGGCAAGAACGCCGACAUCUCUCAGGAAUCAGCUGAUAUCAGAGAUUACACGGAAACAUUUGAGCUGCAAACUCGUUCGAGAAUCCUAGACUUGUUCCAACGAAGAUAUGCUCAUGCUCUCAUUAUAGCAGUCGGACUGAUGGCGCUGCAACAACUCGGAGGGACAAAUGCAUUUGCCUACUACUCGGCAUCCAUAUUCGAAGCAGCAGGUUUUUCGAGCAGCAUUGGCACCACAUCUAUGGCCAUUAUCCAGAUCCCAGCAAUUGGUCUCAGCGUAAUCUUGACGGAUAAAGCUGGAAGGCGACCUCUUCUAAUGGUUUCUUCUGCAGGAAUGUGCCUGAGCUGUCUCGGCUUGGGAAUCUCAUUUUGGAUGCAGGACUUGAACUACUGGACAGAGGGUACCCCCAUUAUGGUGUACAUUUUCAUUUUGGGGUUUUCUGUGGCUUACUCAAUCGGCAUGGCGGGGUUACCCUGGGUUAUAAUGUCAGAGGUAUUUCCUAUAAAUGUGAAAGGAUCAGCAGGAAGCCUGGUGACUCUUGUCAACUGGUCAUGCUCUUGGGUUGUUAGCUAUACCUUCAACUUCAUGUUCGAGUGGAAUGCACCCGCUUGCUUGGUAUGUUCAUGCUUUCAGGGACGUUUUUCAUAUUUGCGGCCAUUUGUGGAGCAUCCAUCCUAUUCACGGUGAAGGUCGUCCCAGAGACCAAAGGGCGAGGCCUCGAAGAACUACAAGCUUCCUUAACUCAAGUGCUUCAAUAAGGCGUGCAUCCCUUAGUUAAUUUCGAUCUUCUGGAAUAGGAAUGCAAGAGUCGUUCUAAGAUGAGAGUGAUUUGAACCAUCGUCAGUUUUGUAUGUGUAUCCAUUUUCAAACAUCGGAGGAAGUGUUCAAGAAUCAAAACUCUUGGAGACUACGGGGCAUAAAAAAAAUACAUUAAGGAAGGGGCUUGGUGUACUGAUACAAGUUGUCAUUGACUAGAACCAUGAAAUCUCAGGUUUGAUUAUCCUUAGUAGGUAUUCCUUGCCCGUUAUUUGGCUAUCGCUUAUCUUGUAUUAGCCAUAGAUGUAAGUAUGAAUUUUGGCUUAAGCAAUGGGCUUCAUAUGUAGCUUUUUGGGUAA